CCGCCCAGCAUUCCUCCUAAUUGCUUGCCACGUGGCCUCGGCUCUCCAUAGGAACCUCCCAGGCAGCCAUCCUCUCUCGCAUGCACGCGAGUCGUUUCCGCCCCUCUCGCCCCAGGCCUCCCCCCCCAACCAUGAAUCCGCCCCGCUCCGCCCCGCUCCGCCCUGGUCGGCCUCCAUCUUCACCCAACGCUUAUGCGCAUGCCUUAUCUCCCCCUCCCCGCAUGGCUCGUUGGCGCGCGCCUCCGCGGAAGCAGAGGUCGCGGGGGAGCGGGAGAGGGGAAAGGGAAAGGAAGGGGCUGAGCGCGCAGUGCGGCAGCAGGCGGAAAAUGUGUCGCUGCCGCCGCCGAACCUCCUCGCAAUACUAGUAGUAGUAGCCGCGCCAGCUCCGCCGUCGGCUCGCCGAGCGGCAAUGUCUGUUCCGCCUCGGCCCUGUGGUAGCAGCUCAUAAGGCAACGGGCUGAUACCUACUAGGUAAGCUCCAGCACUCCAGUAGCAUCCUUUGGCUUUCAGUGCACCUCUCAGCUGCGCAACUGAGGCGCAACUGGAGACAUCAUUUUAGCUGCCAAAUUUCAGUGUACCUCUCAGCUUGUGUCUCAGUGAGUCGUGGCUAUGGCGGGGACGGCGAGGCUUCUGGUGACGGCGAUUGCGCUGCUUGCAGCGGUCACGGCUGUGUCCGCGUUUGGGCGAUACAGGAACGACUACAACGAUUAUCAAGAGGUGCAACAGGGCAGUGCAAGACAGGAGCAGGGCAGGCCUGCCUCAGGGUUUGGGAAAGUGGAAAAUAUGGAUGAAACAGUUGCACAGUCGGGGUUCUUGUACCUGUCGUCCUUACCUGCUGGUCUAAGCAAGCUCAUGCCUCCAGUUGUCAACAUCUAUAUCCUGCUUAUCCACGUGUAUCUGGCAUGGAGCACCGUGGUUCUUGUGCUCUGGUCCCUGGGCCUUUCCCACACUCACGUCCGUGCAUGGGUGCAUACGCAUGGACUGACUGCCAAGGCCACUGUUCACAAGCUAAAACUACGUUCAGUCAGUUUCGUGAGCAGUCAAGCCAGCUCGGUGUAUCUGGUUAUCAGAAAUCUUUAUGUUUCGAUUUGCAAGAUGAUGGCGGAAUCAGCAGUACAGGAAACAAAGCUUCACAACUUAUCCGAGCAGGUCACGGAUCUCAAGGCUGAAAUGACCACGCGGAUGAGCGAGAUGCUGCUGCUGCUGCAGGCAGUGAGGCAGGAGGUUCAGGAUGGUCGUCAGGUGAAGCCGACAGAGGCAGAUGAAUGGAAAGAGCUUCGGAAUGGGCUGAGUUCCAAAUUAGAAGGGAGGAUGGUGCAGGAAGAGGAGAUGAGGAAGGAGGAGGGGUGUGGGAGAAUGGAAACAGAAGAAAAGUUUGAUGGGUUUUCAGCAGGUGAGGGAUGUGUGAUUCAAGAUGACUUAUCUUUGUCAGGGAGGCAAUUUCUGGAUGAGGUGGUGGAGGAGUAUAGCAAGGAGAUGGAGGAGGAGAGGAUUGGACGGGUUGGUGGCAUGAGUAAGGCACAUCAUGCAGAGGUGGUGAAACGGGAUGAUGGAAAAGAGAGAGUAGAUGCGGUUAUGAGGCAGCAGGAAGAAGGGAGGGCUGAAGUGGGGAGAACUGCAGAUUAUCCAAAGGCUGACGUGGAUGGUCUUGCGAGUGAGGUGGAUAGGGUGAAGGAUGAGGUGGAGGGAUUGAAGACUGACGUGGCACGUAGGGCUAGAAUGGAGGAGAGAAGUAAGGAGGUCAAUGAUCUGAGGAGAGGGGUGGAGGAGGUCAAAGGUGAGAUGAAAGCUGAGAUGGGAAGGCGGAUGCCUGAUGAUGAGCUGGAUGAGAGGAAUGGGAUGAACGAUUUGAGGAACGCAAUGGAAGACCUUAAAGUAGAGAUGAAUCUGAGGAUGACGCUGGCUGAGGAGCAAAGGAAGACAGCGAUGCUGGAAUGGUUGGAAGAUUUGAAGCAUCAGGUGAAGGAGUGGAAGGCGGAGGUGACAGGAGGGUUGGAUGAUCUGAAGCAACGGAUGGAUGAGGGGGGAAGCCAGGCAAGGGAGAAGAUGGAUGACUUGAGGUGUCAGGUGGAAGAGGAAAAGGCGGAGAUGACAAAGGGGCUGGAUGAUAUGAAGCAACGGAUGGAUGAGGGGGAGAGGGAUGCGAUGGGGAAGAGGGGUGCGCUUGCUGAAUGUGCGUUGGACAACCAGGAGAGUUUGUCUGAUUUGAGCACUCGGUUGGAUGGUUUCCAAGAAAUUACCACCAGGAUUGAUGCUGAAAUCAAAUCAUUGUGGGAGGCGUUUCACAGUGUCGGGCUGUAAACAAGAUGCAUAUGGUGAAGCAACUAACGUGCUGUGCUGGCCUUGGGGUCUCUCAUUCGGUCACCAGCCAUGUCUACCCAGAGCGGCAGCGCAUGGGGUAACCGUAAAAAUGCCUAGCAUGUUUAUGCAAGCCGUGAGGCAAGGCUAUUGGGGGGGGGGGGGGAGGGGGAGAGGGGGGCGGGGAGAGGAGGAUUGUGAUGGCUAACUUUCUCCCCAUGACAAUUUCUGCUGCACCUCGUCUACUCCAGCAACUGGGGCAAUCUUCCAACAGCAGCACCACGGCAACUGCGGUCAACGAAGCCCUGGCAGCGAUGGGGCUUGGGGCGGGGGAGCGCAGUCAGGGGAGGGGUUUGGGUUUGGAGGCAGUGUGGUGGGGAUGAAGGAGUGGUGGAAUGGUGUUGAGAAGGCGAUUAAGGGCUGGGAGAAGGUUCCCCUAGCAGUUUUUAAGAUGUUUGCGAAAGGUUCCGAUGGAUUUCUACAGUGAAUUGGUGAAGGUUCUGGUGAGGUGGUCAAGAAGCUGGGCUGGGGAUAGGUGAUGCGUGGGGGAAGGAAGGCUACUAGUUGAAGGGGGGAAGAAGGGGGGAAACAUACUGUAGAAUUUUCGACCAAUCAUGUUAGCUGGCAGUGGCUUUUACUCAGGCCCAUAGUUAUCAGGCUUUUUACGCUGAUUUUGCUUUCUUUCAGGGUGUUCUCUUGUACCGA